AUGGAGGAGGCGCUUGCGGCAGUCCUGGUGCGGGAAGAAGGAAAGGCUCAACAGCCGAUCUACUUCGUGAGUAGAGCGUUACAAGGAUCAGAACCGCGGUACAACAAACUGGAGAAACUGGCACUGGCACUAUUGACCUCCUCCCGCAGACUAAGACAAUACUUCCAAGGCCACCAGAUCGUCGUGAGAACGGAUCAGAGAAUCCAUCAAGUACUCCAAAAACCCGAUUUAGCGGGAAGAAUGAUGUCUUGGGUCAUUGAACUCUCCCAGUACGACCUGCGGUAUGAGCCCCGACACGUAAUUAAGGCACAAGCAAUGGCCGACUUCUUGGUAGAAGUAACGGGGGACCCCACCAAGGAAACGGGCAUACGGUGGAGACUCCACGUAGACGGAGCCUCCAACCAAAAGUCCGGAGGAGCCGGGGUCAUCUUGGAAAGUCCUGCCAGAGUUGUAUACGAACAAUCGAUCACAUUUGAGUUCCCAGUCGUCACCUCGCAAGUAAACGGGAGCUACCAAGCCAGAGACUCGCUGCUGCAAAAGUAUCUGGAAAAGGUUAGAGAAUUGAGCAAUCAGUUCGAGGAGGUCACGAUUCAACAUGUCCCAAGGGAAAGGAACACACGAGCAGACCUCCUAUCCAAGCUAGCAAGCACAAAACCAGGGGUAGGCAACCGAUCUCUCAUCCAAGGUAUGCUGAAGGAACCAACAGUCACCCUCCACUUGACAAAGAUAAGUCCCUCUUGGUUGGACCCUAUCGUCAAUUUUCUCGAAAGCGGCAAACUCCCUGACGACGAGAAAGCAGCCAAAGCGUUGAGAAGAGAGGCAGCCAAAUACACUACCAUACAGGGACAACUGUUUAAGAGGGGACUCAGCCAACCCCUAUUGAAGUGCCUGCACCCCGGGCAGACGGAUUACGUGCUUAGGGAAGUCCACGAAGGAUGUUGCGGCCACCAUAUCGGGGGUAAAGCCCUGGCGAGAAAGCUCAUCCAAGCUGGAUACUACUGGCCGUCGAUGAUGGAAGAUUCCAAAGAGUUUGUGAGGAAAUGCGCAAAGUGUCAAGAGAACGCCAACCUUCACAGAGCACUGGCUUCCGAACUCAGCCUGCUGACGACCUCCCGACCCUUUCCACAAUGGGGAGUGAACCUCUUAGGACCCUUCCUGGUUGGCCCAGGGCAAGUCAAAUAUCUCAUAGUCGCCAUCGACUACUGCACCAAAUGGAUAGAGGCCGAACCAUUGGCCAGCAUAUCCUCAUCCAAUUGUCGAAAGUUCAUAUGGAGGCAGGGCCUCAAGAAGCGGCUGGGUGGCAAAAAAGGUACAUGGGCCGAUGAACUCGCUUCAGUCCUUUGGUCUUACCGAACAACCGAGCAGUCCUCAACGGGAGAAACCCCCUUCCGCAUGACAUACGGGGUGAACGUGAUGAUACCCGUGGAAAUCGGCGAGCCGAGCCCGCGGCUACUUCUAAAGGGAGUAGAAGAGGCAGUGGAGAAAGACCUGGUAGACGAGGCCAGAGAGAUGGCCCAUUUGACAGAAAUAGCGCUGAAGCAGAGAAUGGCCCUGCGUUACAAUGCCAAAGUGCUCAAGAGGGAGUUCGAAAAAAAUGACAUGGUCUUGCGACGCAACGACAUAGGGCUACCGACCCGAGGGGAAGGAAAAUUAGCGACAAAUUGGGAAGGCCCUUAUAGGGUCAAAGAGGUGCUCGGCAAAGGCGCCUACAAAUUGGAGAAGCUCAACAGCAAGGAGAUACCGAGAACAUGGAAUGCAGGUAACUUGAGGAGAUUUUAUUCAUAG